AUGGAGGCCAAGCGGAAGUGGUACCCGCCACAACGCGACAGGCGCCCGCGCAUCCUGUGCCUGCACGGGGGCGGCACCACUGCGGCCAUCUUCCGGGCGCAGUGCCGCGUGCUGAUCCGGCACCUGCCCCACUUCCGCUUGGUCUUCGCGGAUGCGCCGUUUGUGUCGGAGCCCGGGCCGGACGUGGUGCCCGUGUACGAGGCCUGGGGGCCGCCGUUCCGCCGCUGGCUGCGCUGGAAGCACUCGCAUCCGGCCCUGGACGACGAAGCGGCCGCGCGGGCCAUCCUCACGAGUCUGGAGCUGUGCAAGGCCCGUGACGACCUGGCCUGCGGCGGCCGGGGCGGGCCCUGGGUGGGGGUGUUGGGGUUCAGUCAGGGGGCCAAGAUCGCAGCCAGUCUCUUGUUUGACCAGCACGUGUGGGAGUCGGACGAGGACGAUGCCGCGGCGAAGGGGUACCGUUUUGGGGUGUUGAUGGCCGGGAGGGGCCCGCUUGUGGCGCUGAGGAGAGAGAGCUUAGGGGACCCGGCGCUGAUGCCGGCGGCAGCCAUGAGCAUGCAGUGUUUCGAGGCAUCGCGUACCUUGAUGCACAGGCUGCGGCUGCCAACCAUCCACGUGCACGGGCUGCGGGACGAGGGGCUGACGUGGCACCGCAAAAUGUCGCAGCAGUACUGCGAUCCUGACGUGACCACGAUCGUGGAGUGGCAAGGGGCGCAUCGUGUUCCGGUCAAGGCCGAUGUGGUGGAGCCGAUCGCGGCCGAGAUUUACAGGGUGGCAAAGGAAUGUGGUGUUUUUAUUUAAUUGCAAAC